AUGCAACAACGUCGUGAAGAAAUCCUGGCCAAGAAGGCAAAGCUCGCAGAACUCAAGCGGCAGAGGGAGCUCCGAGCAAACCAAGCAACAGCAACUCGCCAGAGCAUAGGCAGCCCCAGCGAGCUCAUCGCACCACAACCGGGGCGUGGCGACAACCGCCGCGAUAUCGAAGCUCUGAUCAAUACCCUCGUUGGAGAAAGCCGCCCUGGAUCCACGACCACAGGAGGCGCGGCAUCGCCGGCGCAUAGGGGCAGCCGGCCCAACAGUGUGCUGUCAGCUGGGGAGAUUAGCAACGAAACAUCGGAAGUCGCCAUAGCAUCUGCAUUGCAGCCCGCGCCCCCGCCUCCUCCUCCUCCGCCACAGGUUCUCACGACUAUACCUUUGACCACCGUCUUUGAAUGCCCACCUUCACCUGUCAAGGAGAUCUUCUCCUACAGCAAGGGGGUACAGACUACCGAAGAAUGGACCUUACCGAGCCGUCCUCAGGUUGACGCUGUGUCGGACGACGAGGAUAUUCCCGGCACCACCUCCACGCCCAGCAAGCGGAUGAGCAGGAAGGAGCGUGAUCGGGAGGAGGAACUGCGCCAGAAUAUAAGGAGAGAAGUUGAGGAAGAAUUGAAGGCGACGAGAGAGUCUCUUCAAGAGGGUGCACCGCAGCAGGACCUACCAUCAACAAACUUUCCACUGCGGAAGCUGACCGAAGAAGAGCAGAAUGCUGUGCUGGUUUCUCCUGAGUUUGCAGACUUCCUGGAUAAGUCUAGCAAGGUAAUUGAGAGGGCCAUCGACGAAGAGUUUGACAUUUUGGUGGAUUACGCUCAACAUGGGCAAGAUGUGGACGACGAUGACGACGAGAGUGGCAAUACCGGAGGCAAGGGAAGGCACAGAGUCAAGGAGGUCGCCCAAUUCUAUGAUGAGAGGUGGUCAAAGAAGCGAAUGAUCAGCAGCAUCGACUUCUCACCACAUUUUCCUGGUCUAGUACUGGCAUCAUACACGAAGAACCCUUCAGCGCCACACGAUCCUGAUGGCUUGGUGCAAGUUUGGAGCCAUGCGAUGCACGACAGGCCAGAAUUCGUUUUUCAUGCCCAAUCCGACGUGCUGACCGCCAAAUUCUCGCCAUAUCAUCGGAACCUGAUUGUUGGAGGAUCCUACAGUGGUCAGGUCCUUCUUUGGGAUACGAGAGCGAAAUCGGCGCCUGUACAAAAGACGCCACUGACAGGCUACGGCCAUACGCAUCCCAUUUAUUCGGUCGAUAUAGUCGGCACUCAAAACGCCAAUAAUAUCAUUUCGUGCUCGACGGACGGCAUCGUUUGUGGAUGGAGCAUGGAUGUCUUUGCACAGCCACAAGAGACUCUCGAGCUCAAGGCACCACCAUCGUACAAGAUUGACGACGUCAGCCCGACCUGUUUGGCCUUCCCCCAGGCAGAUCCCACGUUCUUCUUGGUGGGUAGCGAGGAAGGCUCCAUCUUUCCUUGCCACAGGUACGAUAGAGCCGGCGCCAAGGCUGGCAUUGAUGCCCGGUUCAGCUACAAGGGACACACGGCGCCGGUCAUGUCGGUCGACUUCCACCCUGCCCGUGGCCCCGUCGAUCUCGGCGACCUGGUCCUGUCGUCUUCUCUGGACUGGAGCGUGCGCCUGUGGAAGGUCCGUGCCCCUGCUGCGACAUCAACAGCGGGAGGCGAGGGCACCGUGUCGCCGCUCAUCGACUUUGUUCGUGAGGACGUGGUCUACGAUGCGAAGUGGUCGCCCAUCAAGCCUGGUGUCUUCUCACUCGUCGACGGCGCUGGUUGGCUUGAACUCUGGGACAUCACAGUCGAGACGGAAGAGCCUGUUGCCAGGAUAUCGCCCAGCGCUCGCAAGGAUGGAAGGACCAUGCUUUCGAAGAGCUUGAACAAGGUAACAUGGGAGCCUUCGGAGGGCAAGCGCCUGGCGACGGGUGGCAUCGAUGGAGCUUUGACUGUGUUUGAGGUCGCUUCUGGCCUCGGUGGUACGGACGAUCUGAAAGCAGAAGAGUGGACAAAUGUCAAGAAACUGGUGAACCGAGUGGAGGCCGUUGGCGCCAACGGUAUCGUGUCAGCGUAG